GAGCUGUUGCAUACAAGGCAACUUUGUAGAAGACAAAUAAUUCCCGCUAACUCUGUAGCGGGUCCUGCAAAUUUUUCGACCCUGAUUGAAUGGGUUUGGUGACAAGGUCCUCUAUUAUUGCCAAUUCUCUGUACUCUCCUCCCGCUGCCUUUUCCCCUCCUCCUUGUACUAUCGUUCCCCUCUGCUACUUCUCUUGUGCUUUCCGAACCACCACUAGCCUCCAGUUCCUUCGCCGACGUCACAGCUUUUAUCACCCGCCGAAUUGGCUUCUCACCAGUUGCGCUGACCCCUUCUCCGCGUGUGUCCAUCUUUCGAACAAGAUGAACCGUUUUCGUGUGUCAUCGUCAACAUUCAAGUAUUGCAUGUGUAAGGAUAGCCGAGACGCCAAUCGAAGAUCGCGAUGGGCUCCUACUUUGCUCAAUGACAAUAUGCCGAAAGUACGAGACUCAGACUUAGCUGUACAUACAGACCAGGCAGAUGAUGAUCAUUUGCUGCUCCAUUUGACUGACUGUGAACGCUUGAAUUCAAAGAAUCGACGCACUGAAAGUGUCGACGUCUUCAAUGCAUUGUAGCAUGGGCCGGCCUCCGGUCCGUUCGUCCGCUUCGACAGUACUCUUCUGCACCAAUCUGAACCCAGUAGUGUUGUUUUGAACCUCCUAUGUACUGGCUUAUAAC